AAUGAAUAAUACAGCUCACACAAGAUAUAAAUCAGGCCCAGUUACACACAGGACUUGCUGUUCUUCAGUUCUGUCAUCAACUCAUAACCUCACACCUGAGAAUCGCGCUACAACGAUCUUACACCAAAACAUAACGACUUCACGCCGUCAUUUCAACCCGCUUUCAAAAUGACCAACGCUCCUCAAUCCAAGGCCGAUAAGAUCGAGCAGACCAAGGCCAACCUUCCGCUCCCUGAGCAACCUCCUGUUGCUUCUGACUGGCAAUCCGCCGACGCCACCAAAGUCAACGUCCAAAGUGGCCGUACCGAGGGUCCCAUUGGCACCGGUCCUGAAUCCAGUGCUGGAUUGCGCGAACCUGCGACUCAGGGCAGUGACAUGGACAUGAGCGGCAUCGGCCGUCAAGCGAAGGAUAACCUGAACCAGCCUCCCAAGGAUGCUGCGGCCCGAUAAGCGAACACGGGUUCUAAUGACGGAUUAACUCGGAAUGGCGUUUGGGUUUCAUCAUUGGCCUUCGGAAAUGGGACAUGAAUGCUUUGAACGGCUGUCUGUAGAUAGGACGAGGAGGCUGCAUUGACUAUCCACUAGCUGGUUGUCGACGUUGUAAGUUGAUGCAAUACCAAAGCUGUUGUCACCACACAAUCCCUUCCCCAAUACUCUCCACCUCCAAAGUCCUGAAGCGACAACAAGGAGACGAGAAUCCCAGUCGUCUUGAUUCGGAAUAAAGCAUUCAUUGGCAGGUAUGA